GAUACGGUUUCCUCAAUUACUUUCUUUAUUUAUUACUUGUCUUUGUUCCUCCUAUAUCUCCGAUCAAACUCCCUUUUCCUUCCUUCUAAUGCUUUUCCAUUCUUGGGAUUCUUCAUUACUUUACUAUUCAACUUCGAAGAGGCAUUUACUUUACUCAACAUCAGGAAACGGAACCGAGACUGGAUUUCAAGGAAGAGAGGAGAAGUGCACCCAAAAGAGAAGGCAGGAGAGGGAAAGAGCCAAAAUGACGAAACUUCCAGUUGGAACAUGCGACACUGUAAUCAUUCAUUCGCUGCCCAUUCCAUUCCCCAUGAAUCUGCAGAAGCUUCAAUGGGCACUGCCACUAUUUCUCACACCAGUUUGACGACAUAAACUGACCACACAUUUGAUAUACUAGUGCCAAGCUGAAGACACAACCCUCCGUACCAACCCGUUCACGAAUGAUGAGCAGUGCGAGGAAUGUCGUGAGGGGAGCAUUAUUGGGGUUUCAGAUGUGAGGGCGAGAUAUAGACUCAAAGACAUAGACCUCGCAGACCUCAGCAUGAAAACCGAGCCUCAACCUGCCUUCCUAGGUGGUCCAGAUAGGAGGUGGUAUCUCGUCAGUGAGAUUGAGUUCAGAGCUGAAGAAGUGGAACAGGAGAAGGAAGAGGAGAAGAAGGAGAAGGAGGAAGCUAGAGAGCUGGCUAGGAGAGCGAAAGAGGAAGUAAGGGAACAAGCUAAGAGGGAGAAGGAGGAGAGGAAGAGGGAGAAGGCAGAGGAGAAGGAGCUGAAGAGGAGGGAAAAGGAGGUGGAGAAAGAGAAGCAUAAAAGGGAGAAGGGUAGACCUGCUAGGGCUACUACUGUGGCUGGGGGGAAGAGGAAGAGGGGAAGCGCGGCUAUACAAAGAUUAGUUGAGGAAGGGAGUGAGGAGGAGGAAGGCGAGGAUGAGGUUGAGGAGCCUGUUCAGCCAGUUAAGCGAGGAAGGGGAAGACCACCGAAAGUGAAGAGUGUUGCUGCUCAGACGUCGAGGAAGGUAUCGGCGAGUGGUGGAAAUGUUCGUGGGACAUUGAAGCGUGGACGGGGAAGACCUCGUAAGGCGAGGGUUAAUCGGGAUUUGUGA